GUUUGUGUGAGGAUAGCCGGCUUAACAACAACACCUUGACGGGUCCUAUUCCUAUGUCAUUAACUAGUAUCACAUCACUUCAAGUCCUGUGAGUGCCAACUUUACCUCUUAUGUCAAGAUCCAUCAUUCUGCCCCCCUUUUCUCUUCUGAGAUAUAAUCAUUAUUGUAAAACUUAUGAAUCCUCAAAUAUUUCUGUAAAAUGUAGGGAUCUAUCAACUAAUCAUCUCUCUGGUGAGGUUCCAGAUAAUGGCUCCUUCUCUCUAUUCACUCCCAUCAGUUUUGCUAACAACUUGGAUCUGUGUGGCCCAGUUACUGGACGCCCUUGCCCAGGAUCUCCUCCUUUUUCUCCUCCUCCUCCUUUCGUUCCACCACCACCAAUUUCUUCACCAAGUGGGAAUAGUGUCACUGGUGCAAUUGCCGGAGGAGUUGCAGCAGGUGCUGCUUUAUUGUUUGCUGCACCUGCAAUUACAUUUGCAUGGUGGCGUUGGCGAAAACCUCAAGAAUUUUUCUUUGAUGUACCUGCGGAAGAGGACCCAGAAAUCCAUCUUGGGCAGCUUAAGAGGUUUUCACUGCGAGAAGUACAAGUUGCCACUGAUAGUUUUAGCAACAAAAACAUUUUGGGUAGAGGUGGAUUUGGUAAGGUUUAUAAAGGUCGGUUAGCUGACGGUUCACUGGUGGCUGUGAAAAGAUUGAAGGAAGAGCAUUCACCUGGUGGGGAGUUACAAUUUCAAACAGAGUUUGAGAUGAUCAGCAUGGCUGUGCAUCGGAAUCUCCUUAGGUUGCAUGGGUUUUGUAUGACACCAACUGAACGGUUGCUUGUUUAUCCCUACAUGGCUAAUGGAAGUGUUGCAUCAUGUCUACGAGAGCGCCCUCCAUCACAACCUCCACUUGAUUGGCCAACACGGAAGAGAAUUGCAUUGGGAUCUGCUAGAGGUCUUUCCUAUUUGCAUGAUCAUUGUGACCCAAAGAUCAUUCAUCGUGAUGUAAAAGCUGCAAAUAUUUUGUUGGAUGAGGAGUUUGAAGCUGUUGUUGGUGACUUUGGUUUGGCUAAACUUAUGGACUACAAGGAUACUCAUGUAACUACUGCUGUACGUGGCACAAUUGGACAUAUUGCUCCAGAGUAUCUCUCUACUGGCAAAUCUUCAGAGAAAACCGAUGUUUUUGGUUAUGGUAUCAUGUUUCUGGAGCUUAUCACUGGACAGCGGGCAUUUGAUCUUGCUCGGCUUGCAAAUGAUGAUGAUGUCAUGUUACUUGAUUGGGUACGCAUAUAAUGUUUUCUUUUUCGCCAUCUUAGUCUUCAUUUAAUUGAUUUGCUUAUUAUACUCUCUAUUCUCUCUCUUUAAAUGCUAAUUCAUCAACUGUUCAAUUUUUUCCUUGAUACUGCCCGAUUCUCAAUAUUAUUAUCUCUUACUUUGGGAAUAUGUAAAAACUAGUUGGAUUGAUAGUAGUUUCGAUGCCUUGUA